UUGAGGUGCUCAGAGUCAGACAAGAGUAAAGAGGCGUGUGAUGGUUCUGCCUUAGUACUUGUACAGGCAGGAGUGUUUCCAGUACUUCUUUGUACAACUCACUGAGGGAAUGGGAAACUGUUUUAUAGCUCUGGAAACAUAAGCACAGUAAGAAUGUCUGAGGCUAUCCGAUGCACUCUUGUGAACUGUAGUUGUCAGUGUUUCAAACCUGGGAAAAUAAAUCAGCGACAAUGUGACCAGUGCCGGCAUGGAUGGGUAGCACAUGCCCUGAGCAAGUUAAGGAUUCCCAACCUCUACCCAUCAAGCCAGGUAGAAAUAGUUCAAUCCAAUGUUGUUUUUGAUAUCAGUAGCCUCAUGUUGUAUGGAACCCAAGCCAUUCCUGUGCGCCUUAAAAUUCUGCUAGAUCGGCUUUUCAGCGUACUGAAGCAGGAAGAGGUGAUACAGAUUCUCCAUGCCCUGGAUUGGACACUACAGGAUUAUAUACGUGGAUAUGUGCUACAGGAUGCUUCAGGAAAGGUGCUGGAUCACUGGAGCAUAAUGACCACUGAAGAAGAACUGGCUACUUUGCAGCAGUUUCUUCGUUUUGGCGAAACUAAGUCCAUUGUAGAGUUAAUGGCAAUUCAAGAGAAAGAAGGGCAGUCCAUUAUAAUACCACCACCAACUGCCAAUUUGGAUAUUAGGGCAUUCAUUGAGAGCUGCAAUCAACACAGUCCUAAUUUUUCUGCUUCCUUGGACAAAAUGAGUCCCACAAACAUUCAUCCCUUUGAGAAUAUUGUAAAUAACAUGGCUUUCAUGCUGCCAUUUCAGUUUUUCAGUCCAGUGCCUCCACCUUUGAUAGGUUCACCACCAGAAAGACAUUUGAUUGAGCAAGGUCAAGACCAUAGCAAUGAAACUAAACAAGAUGUUCAGAUACCAUUUUCUGAAAGCAGCUUCUUAACUUCUAGUUCUGCACCAUUUCAAGUUGAAAAUGAGAGGAGCAUAAAUGGUCCAGAUGUCACCACUAAAACAGAAGAUGAUGCCCUUUUAAGUGAUUCCAGUUCACAUAAUGCAGCAGCAAAGCUUGAAAUGACAGCACUAUCUCCAGAAAACAAAAUGAAAUCUGUUGAAAAGAAUGGCCCUGGGCCAAGGAAAGGGCGUGUUUUCUGCACUGCGUGUGAAAAGACAUUUUAUGACAAAGGUACUUUGAAAAUACAUUACAAUGCUGUUCAUCUGAAGAUAAAGCACAAAUGCACAAUUGAGGGCUGCAAUAUGGUAUUUAGCUCUCUGCGUAGUCGAAAUCGUCAUAGUGCAAAUCCUAACCCCAGACUCCAUAUGCCAAUGAACAGAAAUAACAGGGAUAAAGAUCUAAGGAAUGGUUUGACCAUUGCUGGACCUGGAGAUAGUAAAAGGACAGAAUUUACAAUUUUAGCUCCGGAUAACAGAACUAUUACCAGCUAUGCCAGCUCUUGUACAGAUUCAAAGGGUCAGGCUGCAUUUCCCAGUAUUGGACAGAAUGGUGUCCUCUUUCCAAACCUGAAGACAGUACAGCCUGUUCUUCCUUUUUACCGUAGUCCAGUCACACCAGCUGAGCUUGCUAAUACUCCAGGUACUCUUCCUUCUCUUCCUCUUGUUUCCUCCUCUAUACCAGAGCAGCUUGUUUCAAAUGAAUUGCCAUUUGACAUGCUACCCAAGAAGAAAUCUCGUAAAUCAAGCAUGCCUAUUAAGAUAGAGAAAGAAGCUGUGGAGACACCGAAUGAAAGCAGUGAUGUUGCCAGUUCUGAAGAUGAUACACGUCUGCAAGUGGUAAGCGACGGAGAGCUUGAGACCUGUGAGCAUAAGAUAGAGAAGCGGGUGACCGACAGGGUGGAAAAGCACCCCCAUUCAGGUAAUUCAUGGAAAUCUGUCUCUGGGGUAGAGGGCCCAAAGUAUUUUGAAUCUGUCUUUGCGCCAGAUAACAAAUACAUCAAGGAUAUCUCUGAGAAUGAAUUGCAUCACUAUGAGAAAGAGGUUAAACCAGAAGAAAACCAACCAUUAAAAAUAGUUUCCCAUGAGAUUAUGUAUGAAGAUCCAAAACACCACCACAAUGAUGUUAUAAAACCAAUGACUGAACCCCCCGUGUAUAUUAAAGAGCAGUCAAAGCGCAGGAUUCCUAAAGAUGACUGCCCUGAAUUGCAACACCACUUGCUGACCGGGGGCUUUUUCAGCACUUUGUCAAACAGGGGUGCUGCCAUUCCUUGUUUUGAAGACUCUAAAGAUAUGGAUCAUGUCAGUCAACAUGCACUAGGGAUUCAGAAGGAAGAAAGCCGCUUUCAUUGUGACAUCUGUAAGAAGACUUUUAAAAACCCUUACAGUGUAAAAAUGCAUUUUAAAAAUGUACAUCUCAAAGAAAUGCAUAUUUGCACAGUUGAGGGCUGUAAUGCUGCUUUCCCUUCUCGUAGAAGUCGAGACAGACAUAGUUCAAACCUAAAUCUUCAUCAUAAGCUUCUGACUAAAGAUGCACUGGAAUUCAACAACCAUUUCAAUGCAACAUACCUCUUGAAAGACAUGGCUAAGGAGUUUUGCCAAGAUGUCUCUUUAAAACAACAUGUUGGACAUACUUCUGUAAUCUUCAAAGGAAUGAACAGAACAGGCAGCUUCGUUUUUCCAGUGAGCAAAAUUAGAGAGCCCUGUUCUGAGAGUUAUGGAUACGAUCCAUCGAAUGAUGGAGCUGUUCUGGAUCUAAGCACUACUUCCAGCAUUAAAUCUGAGAGCAGUGCUCAUUCUUCUUGGGAUUCUGAUGGAGGAAGUGAAAUAUGCACCAUGCCCAUGGAUGAUAGUGAUGAAAGCUGUGAAGGACCCAGCCUAAUGCCCAAUGAUGAACUCUACCAAGACUGUACUUUAAUUGAGAAAGCUAAUCAAAACUUUACAAAUUUAGCUUCCAGUUUGCCGAUAACUUGUCAUAUAUGUCAAAAAACUUACAGUAAUAAAGGAACUUUUAGGGCUCAUUACAAAACUGUGCAUCUCCGCCAGCUCCACAAAUGUAAAGUCCCAGGUUGCAACACCAUGUUUUCAUCUGUUCGCAGUCGGAACAGGCACAGUCAAAACCCUAACCUGCACAAAAGCCUGGCUGGGUCACCAACUAGCCUACAGUAAGAUCAUGCUGAUCUGCAUUUAUUUCUGCUAAGAAUCAUUUCAAUUAAGGAAUGUGUUAACAUUAGUUUUAUUUAAACUCAUUUGACUGCUAGCCCACUCAAAAAACAUGGUCAAAUUCUUUUCUCCUGUGUGUACUCUCCAGCAGUUUCAUUUAGUAAAGCUUGGUGCUGUAGUUUUUGUGCAAUUGUUUGGUUUGAUGUUAAAUAGCUAAAGCUUCCGUAAGGAAAAGAAAGCAUCUUAGAAAUGGGGGAAAUAUGGAGACAUUAACUAAAGUAUUUUUGAUACCUAUGAAGUAUUACUUGCCAACAAUAAGAGCUUCAAAUGAGAAACAUCAUCCCUUGUGUUUACAUGUUAAAUUAGUUGUUUUAUUGGGGGAGAAAUUAGUAGGAUUGGGGUGAGUUUCCUCUGGUUGGGUUGAGAAUUUGGGGGCUAUCAUUUCGUUCCUGAGACCACAGUCUGAAGCUGACUUGCAGUAUUAGUUGAAUUAGUUGAAUGUGGUAUUUGAAUUUUAGUAUCUCCCAAAAUCCAAAAGAUAAAUUACAAAUUUGGGAAGACUUUGCAUACAGUUCAAAUCUUCUGAAAAUCCUGCAGUCCUUACUCUUUAAGUUGCCAUUUCACUUGGAUAAAGAUUGCAGUAUUUUGCCUUUCUUAGCAUUUAAUACCAUUUGCUUUGCAAAAGGAGGGGCUACCUAACUUGGCAGGGUUGCCUCAACAGAUCUGAGACAUUCUGAUAAAUUGUAGUGAUAGAAGGAAUUAAUAGGUUAGGCUAAAAUUUCUAAACCACAGCAAAUGCAUUAAUAAAAUAGAGGGGAAAAGUAAACCCUUUAAUUUAAAAUGCACUUUUUGAGUUCCACUUACAGGAAAAGAGAAGUUUUUGUUAAAAAUAAAUAAAUUAAUUAAAAGGGAAAAAAACACCCAAAUAUCCAAACUGCUCAAGAGUCUGAAGGUACAGUUCUAUGACUUUAAGAGACAGAGAUAAAAUGGAUGCAGCAGAUAUCUUUCAUGAUUUGGCAGUUAUUGUUUCUCCUACCAGUGGGGGAUAAAACAGAAGAAUGCCUAUUCUCAUUCACACCUUUUUUUUUUUAAUGAGAACAUUGUUCAGUAUCUGUUAAAACAUUUAAUAUCUUUGUAUUUAUCCCUGUAAUUAACAGUAUUCUGCAUUAUGUUCUGUGCACUUAAGGAGACUGAUCUUGCAUUGUAUUUAAAAAACACUUUAAUAUUUAAUUUGUAGUCACAUCAUACAAAUGCUGCAUGUGUACUUGUGCUGCAUCUUCUUUGGAUGAAUCAUUUCCAAAAAGAGAAAGAAAUAAGAAAGCAGAUCUUACAGUGUCUUUUUUCUUUUCCUUCAAUUCACAAACUCAGAUCUGUUGAUCAGUUCUAGUAUGCAAGCAUGAUAUUGACAGCACAAUCUGUACAUAUUAUACCAAAGUGCUUACAGUAUUUGUGGUUUCUAGAACUAGUCUAGUUUUCCAGUAUAACUGGAUCUUAGUCUUUAUUCAUUUUUGUGACUGAAUACAAAUAGACUGAAUUUCUGGAUUUCAUAUGUAUGUAGAAAGACUAGUACAAUGCUAUUGCCAUAUGUCUUGAUGUUUAACUUAUUCUAAAAAAUACUAUGGUAUUGUAACCAUUUCAUAUUGUAUAAAAGAAACAAAAGUGGACUGAAUAUUUCACUAAUUCUUUUGAAAACUGGUUUGUGUGUGAGUAUGGGUUAUGCAAGGAAAAAACAAGACACAGUUGUAAAUGUUUUGUGCUCACUAGAUAUGGUUUCCAUGCGUUGUGUAAAGUGAUCUUCUAUUUUUUUAAUUUACAGUAGGUUUAUGUGAUAUUUAAAAUAAUCCAUUUGUGCUUGAAGCCAUCAGGAAAAGUUAUUGGCCUGAGGAAAGCUGUGCCAUUGCUUUGAGGUUUUGUGUUCUGCGGGGUUGGUGUUCUGGGACUUUGGGUUUUGGGUGGUGUUUGGCUGUGCUUUGGGUUUGGUUGUGUUUUUUAAAUGGGAACUCAUAUCAGUGGAGAUUAUGGUUUGAAAGCUAAGGGCACAAUCAUUACAGACACAAUUGCUCCCAGCCUUCUGAUAGUAUAAAUCAAUGAUUUGUUAUCCAGCUAUUUCAAGCUCUUUUUUAUAUAUAUAUAUAUAAACCUAUUUGUUUAAUCAUAAACGGUGUUUUCUGAAACAAAGUGUGAUGUAAACUGAUUCUGUAAUGCCCAUUUAUUUAGCUUUCACUGUGUACAAAAAGGAAACGCAUUUGUAUACCCCAAUAAUUUUGUAUGUGUUAAUAAAAACAAAUAACAAUGCCUCUGGUUGAUUCAGAAAAGUAGGCUUUUGUGAUUGAAAAAAAAAACCUCUACUAUUCCUAAUUAAAAACAAAAAAAUCUGAGAACACAUUCCAUCUGCAGAGAGCACUGUUUUGACAAUGGUACUAAUUUAUUCCAUAAUAAGGAAGUGUCAUUAUUUUAACGAGCCAUUAGAAAUAAUGUAAUAAAUGUUGCCAGAUAUUUUAUUGAUUUUUUUUUCCUUUGUGCAGUAGGCAAGAGUAGAGAUUAAUUUAAAUGCCAUCAACUAAACAGAAGGUAAAUAUCUCAUUGUUGAGGACUGUACUAAAAGACAAAUAGUUGGGGCCCUAUUUAAACUUUGUAUUUUGGAAAGGAGAUUUUCCUGUUAUUUCUCAAAAAUCUGGACAGGAUGGGAGAUUUAUCAGAAUAGGCAAAGCCCUUAGUACUCUAGUACAGCAUAUGUAUCUCAUGAAGCAUUUGUGUAGCUCCCUCCUCCUAAUGACCACAAUGUGGCUGGACCAAGCCUUAACAUCUCCUGUUAGUUUUAAAUACGUGUGAUGCUUAUAGCAGCCUGUAUCACAUAUUCACCACAGAUGUUGAAGGAAGCAACCUCACUUCAGAAUAGUAGUACCAUUCUUUUCUGAGCUUCUCAGAGUCGAUCUGGAAAGCUGAAGCAACUUCCACUCACUGAGGCUUAGUUUCAAAGAUGUUUAUUUACAUCUGUGAUGCUGCAAGUGUGUAGUGUUGGAGGCUCAAAUCUUUACCUGAAAUAACUGGGCCUGCACAUGCCCUCUUUUGCUACACAAGUAUGUUGCUCCAUUUUUUUUAUUUGUAUCUUCUUUUUUUUUCCCCUUAGAAAACAAGAGCCUCAAAAACUAGAUCCUGACAUCUUUCUGUGAUUCCAAAGGAGAAGGCACAGACGCACACUGCGGGGUAGCCUCUCUGUACGCUUGAGCAUCCGAUUUCUCAGAAUACAGGUAUUUUGAAUAGUUCUUGGUAGCAAGCUUAUAUCACUCUGGAACAAUGAGUGUCCUAGUGCUUACAGGGGUAUUUGUAGAAGUACAUUUUGAAUGGAGUGUAAGGGAUCUGGUUUUAUAGUUCCAGUUUUCUAAGUACUUUGAAAGAACUGCAGCAAAACCAGAGGCUAUUGUUUCUGAUGAAUCUUUAGUGAAGUUAUACAUUGUAAAACCCAGCAAAGUGGAGAAACAAGUUCUGAUAAUACUUGUCUGAUGUCCUGGAUUGCCUAGGGAAGCCUAAAAAAGAGCUAAACUAGCUGGAUUUGGUCCAGGGAUUUUUAAAUAGGGGGCAGGGUCCUCCUUGAAAAGGGUUCACAAGCAGCUUCUGAUUAAUAGGUUUAAGAAAUGCAGCUAAAUACAGUCCAUAAGGAUUCCAUUCAGCCUGCAAGUAAGUGUCCAUUUCCAAACUGAAAUGAGAGUUUGACUCUGAAUUUGGAAAAUGACAACAGUGCAAUAAGAGAAGGAAGGCUGGAUCAAAGAGGUUUUGUUCAAAGCAGCAUUUAUUGCCAGGUCCCCCCAGUUCGAGGGGACGGCAAGACAGUAUAUACAAGGUAAGGUUUGAAGUUGGAUUAAGCACGCAUAGCGUGACCAAGUCAGCUUUUAUCUACUUGGUAAACUGUUGAAAACCCUAUUGAACAGUUUUCUGGCUAGUGAGAUUUCCAUAUAACCUCAGCAAGCAUGUUUCUGAAGGUAGACUGGUUUUUAAUUUCCCCUUGCCUUCACCCCCACCCCUCAGCUCCCAUGCCUUCUGGCACUCCUUGGAUUACAUAAAGUUGCUAACUUGCAAAUGUACUGUUGAAACAUCACCCUGUUAAGCAUUAGCCCUGUCAGCUCUGUUCAUUGUGAGCACCCUUCGGCUUUCAUGUGUGUUCUACAAAUGGGUGAAAGAAAAGUAACUUCAUGAAGGGACAGUCCCUUGCUGGUGAGCAAUUCAUCUAAUUCUGCACCGGUUUAGAGCUUCACAGAAGCACUUGUAGCCCUUUGUAUUGUGUCUCUGUAGCUCCUAUCCUAAACUGGUAAAACUGACUGUGAAUUAUUUGCCAUAUUGCCUAUUGCCUCCUGAUGCAUGUGUUUAAUAAGCAGAGAAGUUGCUUUUAACUCCUGAGUGCAGUACUGAAAGAGUUUUGUCAAACUUGUGCUUGCCAAAGUCUAGCAAAACUCUCAGUAGUUUGAAUUGUAAGGAAUACCAUAUAUCAAAAUCCUUCUAUCAUUUUUUUAUAUUUUUUUUCCUUUUCAAUAAAUUGAGGCCUAUCCAAACA